GUAAGGCAACAACAUGGAGGGGCCUACGUUCAGCUUCGCACCCGAGCGGCACUGGACGGUGGAUAAAGAGAAGGAGCUCAUUGAGUUUUUCUCCAAGCACAGCUGCUUGUGGAACCACAAAUCCGAGGGCUACAAGAACCGCCAGCUCCGGUGGGAAACCCUGGAACGUCUGAGGUGCCUCCUGUCCGCUCGCCACCCUCCCGCUCCUUUCACAGUGGAAGACCUCAAGAACAAGUUCAAGAACCUCCGCACCACUUUUCAGCGGCAGUACAAAAUGAUGAAGGCCAGCGAGGUGUUUUCCCCGCAGUGGAAGCACUACGAGCAGAUGAUGUUCCUGCAGGACUGCUGGGACGUGGACGGCGGCCCGGAGGAGAGGCCGCCCUCGGCGCCGGAGGAGAAGCCGCCGGAGGAGAGCCCGACCGUCAGCCCGGCCGCGGUGCUGGGCGACCCCAGCACCCAUGACGUGUCCACCUGCUCCUCGUCCUCCUGCGUGGCCUCCAACGCGCCGCUGAAGUGUUUCUGGACUGAAGAGAGAGAGCGCGCGCUGAUAGCUUUCUACUCUGAGCACAGCUGCCUCUGGAAGAAAAAGUCCGAAAACCACAACAACCGUCUGCUGAGGCUGAAGCUGCUGGAGGCUGUGAAGAGCCAGCUGUCCGACGACUCGGUGCCGUUCUCAGUUGAAGACGUGAAGUGCAAGUUCAAGAACCUCCGGACCAUUUUCAACCGGGAGUACAAGGCGGUGCAGGCCAGCAAGGGGGGCGACAAGCUCCACGUGUCCAAAUGGAAACAUUACCAGCAGCUGCUCUUCCUCUGCGAGUCCUGCGACGAAGACGAAGGCACGGACGACCUGCCGGUACCGCCGCCCCGGGAAGACCGGGACCUGGCUCCCAGAAACCAACCCCCCCCCUCCGCCCCAAGCGGCUCUGCCCAAAUCAAGUUCAGGGACCCCGCAGACAUCAAAGCCAGCAGCGGCGCCCCGCUCAACGCCCCCGCGUCCUCUACCCCGCAGGACACCCAACCCUGUGCCGGCCCCUCCCCCCUUCGGUCCUCCGGUUCGGUUCAGGCCGACAGCAAGCGGAGAGCCGACCCCCGCUGCCACUGGAGUGAGGCCAAAGUUCAGCAGCUCAUAUGGUUUUACUCCGAGCACAGCUGUCUGUGGAACCACAGGUCCGAGAGCUACAAGAACAAGCUGUUGAGACAGAGCCAGUUGGAGAAGCUGAGCAGCAUCCUGUCUGACGACGGGUCGCCGCCGUUCUCAGCGGAAGACAUAAAGACAAAGUUCCGUAACCUGCGGACCAUCUUCCAGCGUGAGCACAAGGCGGUGAGCUCCAACAAGACCUGCGGGUCGGAGGACUUUCACCUCCCCAAGUGGAAAUACUACUACCAGCUGAUGUUCCUCUGCGAGCGGCCCGAAGACCCCCACGCAGCACACAUCCUGGAAACCCCUCCCUCGCCCACUCCCCCGGACUCCCAGCACUCCUCGCCCUCCUCCUCCCCACCAAGGCAAUCGUCCCCCGCCGACAGCAGCGUGUCGGGAGGACGCAAGCGGGCGCCCUCCGGCGAGGGGCCGGGCGCGGCGAGGACGCUCUGUCAGAGCCAGGCGCCGCACGCGGGCUUCCUGAAGUACGUGGAGGAGUGUCUCAACGAGACGCCGGCGGACAAAGUGAAGAAGCUGAAGAAGAUGAUCAUCGAGACGAUCCACAGCGCGUCGGAGGAGGCUUAGUGUUUCACGUCUCUCACUGGGCUUUUGUUUUGUCAGCACAGUACACAUGGUGCUCACCUUUAGUGUCCAGUCAUCAAUGUUUUCACUAUGGUGCACCUGUAGGCAGGUUUUUAGAGGGACGGUCAUACACAUGCAAAGAAGUGUUUAUAUUAAUAACUUUAUCUCUUGAUCAUAGAUUUAGAAAGACAUUCUCCAUCCUAAAAACUGUUUUGCAGAAAGACUGCACCAAACUGAUAUGGACAGUGAAGGUGGCGCAUGGGCGACUCCUGGCUGUGUGAGGGGUCCCUGAGCAGGAUACCAAACCCCCGAUGGCUCCCCAGGUAAAAUGUAAACCACCUGAGCCACGUCUGCACCCAAAGUUUCUUAAAUUAGCACCACCUUUGCCUCGCCCGCGUCCUCUCCUUGUGUCGCUCCAGUAGAAGGGGGGUGAGGGGAUGUUUUUGGAUUUCGAGCCCUGUAAAGGUAGAGAAACAUUUCACCUUCGUUCCCUGUCCUUAGCAUUUGUUUUUUGUUUGUUGUUAAUUUUCACAGUUAAAAAGGGCUGCAUCGACCAUAAAAUGUUAAGAAUUCUGUUGUAAAAUAAUUUUGUGGUAAAAUACAGAAACUGAGACAUAACAUCUGAGCUGGAAUGGGCGUUUUUAUGUAUUAAGUAUGUCAGUCUGAACAUGCUAUUUACCUUUUCUUUGAUCGGUAACAUGUGCAGGGGGGUAUUGCACAAAAGUAGAAUAAAGAAAU